AUGGAGAAAAUUCAGAGUUGUGUGUUCGGAGAUUUCAUCAGUGCCCUUGUUUGUCUUCAUGUUUUGAGCUUUGCUACAGGAAGCUCAGUUGAUCACAUGACUUGCUUUGGAGAUGCAGCUGGACGCCUUCAGGAAACCGCUCUAGAUGCAUCCACAAAAGGGAACCGCUACAUCAACUCUUGCCUCAGACUAAACGAGGAAAUUAAAGGCGUUGAUACUCUGGCGGCUCAGUUAAAGCACCUGGGGAGAAAUUUGGAUGUUCUUGACACGGCUGUGAACAAGCUUCUCCGUCCACCAUGACAAGUCAUUGUUAGCUUUCAUGGACUUGGAUCACUUAUCUCUCGUACAUAAAGGUUUUGAUUAUAACUGAUGUUUUUCUUCUUCUUUUGUGACGCAAUGUUUUGUGGUGAAACGUUUUUUACUAAAAUAUUUUUGAAAUUUAAAAUGUUUAGUAACAUACGAUAUUAAAAAAAAAAAUCGAAUUUUUUUUUAAAAA